UAGGCGUCCAAGACGUGAAUGGUAACUUUGUCAUCAAGCUUCCUUCCUGGACUACCACGAAAGAUAGAUCUGGCAUGAAAAUUACUUACAUACAUGAAAGUAAUAAAUAUCGAGAUGAAAUCAUUAUACCAGGACUUGUGACGGAAGAUCUUAAACUUGUGGUAUGGGAAAAGUUUCAAAAUUGUUAGAACUAACGAAGGCCGCACUGCACCUUUUACUGAAAAAUUAACAAGUUUAGUACGUAGAAACACGUGCUGAAUUGAUCCCUAAAUACAAACUGUGAAAUUCCACCGAUGAUGCGACAACCUAAAAAUAUAAACAACUUCGACGUUUCGAGCGAAGGCCAUUCGCUCGGAAAUUCGCCGUUACUAUAACUUCCGGGGACAAGGGUGUCGAAGUUGUUUACAUUUUAGUUGUUGCACGUUGCUUUGGGUGUUGCAUUACUACACAAGUUUGCAGGUAUUAUUCGCUACCUACACAGCUAGCUUUCCCGAACGUUCUUGAUUCCUAGAAAAUAACUAUGUAUAUCCAUUCCACACCUACGUAUAAGCUACAUAUACGACGAGCCUGGCAGAUAUACAGUUACGAUUUAUGGGACGAGUUUAACUUUUCGGCCAGUGUUCAGUUCGACGUUAUUUGGACCCGACCCACACGGUCACUAUCCAACACACUGUUACUCGAUACGAUAAUUAAAACAAUUAUUGAAUGAGGUUGAGCACGAUAGGUUAUCACGCCGAAGAUUGUAUUAUCAACCGAAGCCUGAGGAAAGAUGAAAGAUUAAAGAGCGGCCAAUUGUAGCAAGCUAUGUUUGUGUUGUGACACAAUUCCUCACUCCUUCGUCAUUGGCAUGACGUCAUAGUGUUUAAUACUAUUUUCCAUAUUAACGUUAUGACGUCACUCCUUGAAUAUUAUGUCAAAACUUCAUAUUUGGUCAGUUGUUGAAUUGAUAUAACGAUUUCACAUUUGGCGGUUAGCCAAUCAGAAAUCAUGAAUUCUUUCAAAUAAAUAAUAAUUAACAAUUAGACAACGAGGCCGAGUUGUCUAUGAGCGAAUAGUCAACGAGGCGAAGCCGAGUUGACUAUUUGCUCAUAGACAACGAGGCCGAGUUGUCUAAUUGUUUUGGUAUAAACUUUAACAUUAAUUUACAAAGCUGCAAAAACAAUACAAAAAUACAAAAAAAAACAUUAUGAAACCAUUAAAGAUAAACAAAUAUUUUAGUGUUUGUUCGCGUAAAAUGUUUUAUAAAAUUCAGUUUUAAUUUUAAAAUUUCAUUGAGUGUGUUAUUUUGUCCAUUUUCUUACCCUUAAAAAUUGCCAUUCCAUAAUUUUGUUGCUUUUUUCGGGUUUUUUUAGUACAGAAUUGUUCAACAGUCGUCCAAAGAAUCAUCAGACACUUCGGCAAAAGUGCAAAACGGGAAUUUUCCGCCAUUUUGAAUUUUCUAUUAGUAGGCUAUCACUAAUAGCCUACUAGUAGCGUAGCCAAUCAGAAGGCACGAUAUGUGAUAGCCUACUAGUAGGUUUAUACUAAUAGCUCAUAGUAACCAAACCUAAUUUAUUUCAAUUUUCCUUCAGUUUGUUUUUUUUCGUGAAAGCAACGAAGGUGUUGUUAUUCGGUACAACGUUCCUGUCGAAAUUCCUGUCAAACCUUCUUCAGAUAUAUUCUACUGGAAAACUGGUGAAUGGUCAACUUGCUCAAAAACAUGUGCUGGAGGUAUUAAUACACUGACGUCACAAUUAUUAUUAGUGAUCUCAAGCCAUCCGUGACCAAUUACUAUGCAGACAAGACACUCCCUUUUCCAGCUACUGUAUAACCAGAAACUUAACUGCAAACUUUUUAUAUUUCAUCAAGGUCCUCUAAUAUGAUCGCCACGGAUUUUAUUGUUACCUACAUGUAGCAAAUGCACUAGCAUUUGUCCAGCCCUAGUAUGGGGAUAAGUGAUAAUUUUGUUUAUCUUGAUGAAGGAAUAUCCACUCGAGAUGUGACAUGUUCCCGUAAAGAUGACAAUACUCGUGUUGGAAUAGUAAACUGUCCUCAAGAUAGAAAACCAGCUGGUGAACAAGUCUGCAAUGCACAAGAAUGUCCUCCAGAGUAUGUUAUAAAACUUUAUUUAAUAAAGAAAUAGUCUGAUUUCAUCACGCCAACCUAAUAUUUGCUGAUUUAAGUGAAAGUAACAUUGAAAUCUUGUUGUAGACAUUUUUACACUCUCCUUCGCAGAAUCACCUUUAUUAUAGCUAUAUUACAAAGAACUGACAUAAAGUUUCCGAAGGGAGCAAGCGGAGAUUGAUGGGAAGAUUGAAAGAAAUGCUUUUCGCUCUUUUGGAUCGGAUCGGAGUGAUAAGAAGAUUGAAAGAAAUGCUUGUUACUUCUCACUUUUUCUAUUAGUCUCAGCGGGUUUAGAUAUAUAUGUCACGCUAUUUUAGUCUUAAAGUUAUUUUUAGUCUUCAACAGCGGACAAUGCUGUCAGUGCUUGCAAAGAAAGAGGUCGAAAACCCUAUCCAUAAAUUAUCUCAUUUAAAUUCCUCUUGAACUAAUGGGUUAGAGCCAGGGCCGGAACUACUGGGAGCGUGUGUGUAUGGGGGGGAGGGGGUGUAACACCACCAAAGAAAAAUUAAAAAGGGGGUACAACUUGCCCAGAGGGGGCCCCGGAAUGCUGGAAUUGCGGAACGUGUUAAAUAUUAAGGAAUUUUCUGAAAAAUUAAGGUCGAAAAAGAUCUGAAAAAGUAUCCAUUAUCUCAAACUAGUGUUUGGAAAAAUUUUUGGGAUGUUUUGUUUUCGGAGAAAAACCGCCCUCCCCCCAUCGCCAUAAUUUUCAGGAAAAUUUUUGUUUUCCGGAAGAGGGGGGAGGGUGAGGGCGAAUGAAAGGGGGCCCAAAUUUUUGAAUUCACGUAUCCCCCAACCUCAUUUUAAAUUUACCAUAAAGAAUUAUAAUUUCUGUAAGAGCCUCCAUAUAUACCGUAUAUAAUUUUAUAAUAUAGCAUUUGUAAAUUGUGAACGCUGACUGGCUAAGAGCCGUGUUGAUAUAACUCGAUGUCAAUACAGAAACGUCGGAAAAUUUCUUUCUUUAUAUAAUUACUUUGUGCUCUAUUAUAAAACAGUUAUAUCAACUCGAUAUAACUGUUUCUUGUUUUCCCAAUUUCCACGAGUGUUGAUAUAACUGUAUAGGAACAUGGAAAAUGUUAUGUACUAUUAAAACAUGGCAAGCUAUAAUAAUUUGUUAAAUGUUAUGCUGUACUAAAACAUGGCAAGAUUUCAGGAGGAUUUAAUUAACUACAUAAAAAUCUUACAACUAUUUUCUUCUGGGACACGCUACAGGAGCCAUAACUUACAUUUUUACGAAUGCUAACUAACACCUCUGUUCUUGUUCCUUUUUCUAUUUGUUUAAAGUUCAUAUGUCUUCAAAAAACAAAUUUUGUGUCUAAACCGUAUGUUCAAACAUUGAUUUUAUUUUCAGAUGGCACUCGCACUUGACAGCUUGCACUAAGACAUGUGGAAAAGGAACCCAAAGCAAGAAGAUUGAAUGUAGACGAUUGACGACCGAUCAUUAUUGUGUGGUUAAUGACACAGAAUGCACAGAGCCACGACCAACUGCAGGAGAACCUGGUUUAAUUUAUUGUAAUGAAAUUGCAUGUCCACCAGUGUAUAAGCCUGAACCAUGGUCAAAAGUAAGUAAAGUCAAUCAUAUAGGGAAACAAAAUAUGAUUUGCGAACUCGACCGUCGGAAAGUUCUAUGUUGA